CUGCUAGAUGUUUGUUUUGAACGGUUUGAUAAUGAGAAUGUUCUCUUUAUUGUGUUGUUUUCGAGGCAGACCAAAUUUUUUUAAAAAUGUUUUUGUUGUGUAAUAAAUAGAAAAUAAAUAAAUGUAAAAUAUUUUCAAUUAUUAAAGCGUUUGAACAGUACACUUGAUAGCAGUUUUAUUUAUUUUGUAUGACUUAGCCGGAUCGAUGAAAUAUUUACAAUGUUCUCUCGACACAAAUUUAUCUCACUGAAAUCAGUUUAUCUGUGCGGUUUUCGAACAAAUUUUACUAGCAGAGGAGAAUUAUAUAAUAAAUGUUACCUGGUUCUUGGCGUGACAGAACAAUCUGACCAAAAUACUGUUCGCCAGGCGUAUAUUGCACUUGUUAAAAAAGUACAUCCGGACAGUGGGCACCCUGAGGCUGAUGCACAAAAAUUUCAAGAAGUAGAUGCGGCAUUCCGAAUUUUGCAACAAAAAUUCGCCAAAUCUCGUCGAGGUAUCGUUGAGGAUAUGCAGGAUAAGGUUAAAGUAUUUGACAUUCGCCACACAGCUCCUCAGCAUAGGCAAUACCUUAGCUUUGAUGGAAUAGGCAUCGGGACACCGUCACAGAGGCAGAAGCAAUAUCAGACAGUUCGUGCGCAGCGUGCUCAGGAGAGAGUGCUAGAGCAUCGUAUGUCUAAGGCACAAGCUUCCGAGAUGGCUCUCAUGAAAAAGGGAGAAUAUUUUAAGAAGCAUGAAAUCAAGACCAAAUAUGGGUUUGACAGAGUUGUUGAAGAUUUAAUUCAAGAAGCGAUGUCAAGAGGAGAUUUUAGCAAUUUGUCCGGGUUCGGGAAACCGUUGCCCGACCAUCAAAGUCAGAAUCCAUAUGUGGAUUUUACCACAGCAAAAAUCAACAAUAUUAUGCUGGAUAAUGGAUUCACGCCUGAAUGGAUAACGCUGCAGAAGGAAAUUCGCGAGGAUACAACUGAAUUGAACAUCAGUUUGCUUAAGGAACGAGGAAUGCUAGGCGAGUUUCCGUUAAAUCAACAGGAUGAGCUACGGUGGGAUAAAGUUUUGGAAACUCACGAAACUAUGGUUGAUAGGAUUAAUAAGAGAAUUGAUAAAUUUAAUUUGAUAGUACCGGUUUUGAACAAACAGAUGAUCCGUGUAGACUUAUUAAAAUUAAGUCGGAAAAUUCUUGAAACUGGCAAACACAAAGGACAAAUAGAAAAUGUAGACAAGUUGUUUUCACCUGUAAAUGAAACACAGGGCGUUAACAAACCUAAAAACAUAUUUAGUCUCAUUGGGUCGUUGUUAAAAUGAGUUGAAGAAAAAUCUUCAAGGUUUUUUCAAUAAAUUUUGAAAUAAAAAUCACGUGAUCGUCUACAAUUGAUAAACCAGUAUAUAAUUCAAACAGACAAAAUUAGAUGUUUAUUAAAAACUUAUUUAUUCUUCAAAGUGAUGAAUUAAACGAUCAAAGACUAAGAAUA